GGUGUGGUAAUUGUCCAACCACCAUAAUAUUUCUUGUUUUGACAUAUUGCAUGAACAUAAUCUACACCAAAACAUUGAAUACAGUUGAGACAAUUCCAGACCGACAUUUCUUUCAAGAUUCUCAUUAUUGUCAGGACAUUCCCAUCAUUACAAUCUUCUUCUUCGUUGUCUAUACGGUGGACAGGAGGAAACAAGACAAGUUUUCAAGAUUUUGAUUUGCGUGAUACAUUUCUGAUGAGUUUUCCCAUCUGCUAUUAAUAUAUGCAUGAUUAUAUUUAUGAUUACUGGGCUGUUUCUUGGUUGGGGUCUGAAAUUUUGGGCCUGAGCUGAGAUGACAACCCAGGAACCAGAUAGCUCCUCCUGUAAUUCAGGUCCUUGUCUUUAUGAUUUAUUACGGUUAGAAACAAAUCUUCCACCAAAAUCGUGUUGCAGGCAAAGUACAGAAGAAAUAGAUCUUCAACCAAAACAGAGUUGCAGGCUAAGUACAGAAGAGACACCUUCCAGUCCUCAUACUAGACUCGACAAAUUAUUGUCUCAACCUGGCAAUUCGUUAUGUGCAGACUGUGGAUCGAUAGAGCCAAGAUGGGUUUCUUUGAAUAUCGGGUCAUUUAUGUGUAUCAAGUGUUCUGGAGUUCACAGGAGCCUCGGAGUUCAUAUCUCAAAGGUGUUUUCGAUAAAGCUAGAUGAGUGGACAAAUGAACAAGUUGAUGCUUUUGAAGAGCUGGGUGGUAAUACGGCUGUAAACUCAAAGUAUGAAGCUUAUAUUCCUGAAAAUGUGAGCAAGCCAAAACCAGAUGCUUCCAUAGAGGAACGCACUGAUUUUAUAAGGCGAAAAUAUGAGAUGCAACAAUUUAUGAUACCCGAUACAUCAAUAUGUUGUCCUUUUCCAUGCAAACCAUCAUCUAAAAGUGCUGAGAAACAUAGUCAUCAUAAGGGCUAUAGUAUUGGACAAGCAUUUCGUUAUAGUUGGAGGAAAUCUGAUAAGUCGAGCAAGAAGAGCACUUCAAUGGCAGGCAUGGUCGAAUUCAUAGGUCUAAUAAAGGUCAAUGUGGUCAGAGGCACUAACCUAGCGGUUCGGGAUAUGGUGACUAGUGAUCCUUAUGUCAUCCUCUCGUUGGGGAACCAAAUAGUGAGGACACGAGUAAUAAAAAAUAAUCUGAACCCGGUAUGGAAUGAAAAGCUCAUGUUGUCAAUUCCAGAAAGCGUUCCUCCUCUAAAGCUGCUGGUAUAUGACAAAGAUACAUUCACAAAUGAUGAUUUUAUGGGAGAAGCCGAGAUUGAUAUUCAACCACUAGUCACUGCUGCAAAAGCAACCGAGCUUGUUAAAAUGGAGGACUCGAUGCAACUGGGGAAAUGGGUGUCAAGCGCAGACAACACUUUAGUGACUGAUGGCAUCAUCAGCCUCAUAGAUGGGAAGGUUAAACAGGACAUUGUUUUGAAGCUUCAAAAUGUCGAGAGAGGAGUGCUCCAAGUCGAGUUGGAAUGCGUUCCCCUCACUCAAUAGAUGACCAAGGAACCACAAAAAUAGCUCAUCACGCCUACGAAGCAGAAGCUUUGCGAAGGAAUUGUGUAAUUGUAUUGGUAAAGCAACAAUAUCCUUCAUGUUUUUUGACUGUUGUGCUUCAAUCAGGACAUUUUGAUGAUCUGUAAGAUAAUAUGUUUUGCUCGUUUCUU